CCUCAUCUUAAUCCAGUCUGAAUCAGAUCAUCUUGUUGCAGGGCUGCAUCCUUAUCUAACUACCAGCAGGGGAGAGACGAAGAGAUGCUCCGUUUGCCGAGAUAGCAUUCAAGCUGUGCAGAGGAUCUCUUCCCCCCUACCACCAACAGCAUGGAGAGCGUGCGUGAGCUGCAAAACCCACUCUUGGCCAACGCCAACGGACACCUUCGCAGCAGCUAUUCUUACCACCAGCAUAACAGCCAGGACUACCCCAGUCAUCACUGCCAAGGGAAACUGUAUUCCUACAUCUUCCAAAACACUGGCAGUGCCAGGACUCACCAGCUGCUGGAUGCCAGUUCCCUGCAGCUGGCUGUUGAAGCCUUGUACGGCCCCAGUUUCAUCCUUGUGAAGGAUGAGACCACUCUCAAGGCCAAGGACAGCAAAACAGAAAGCUGCGAAACCACUUUUACGGAGAGCAAAGAGGCUCUAUCCGAAGCUCCUGAAAGGCACGAGGCGCAAGGGUCCUGCCUGGUAGACAGUGACAUCCGCAUCCAAACUGUGUCCUAUGAGGUGGAGGAAGAUGAGCUCCAGGAGUACGAGAGCGACUCCUCCAGCGACAGUGAAAGUGAGGAUCAUUUCCUGAUGCUUCCCCCCCGGGACCACCUGGGCUUGGCCCUAUUCUCCAUGCUGUGUUGCUUCUGGCCCCUGGGGAUUGCUGCUUUCUACUUCUCUCAAGGGACCAGCAAGGCUGUCUCCAAAGGAGAUUUCCAUCUGGCCAGUUCAGCUUCUCGCCGAGCUCUCUUCCUUGCCGCGCUCUCCAUAACCAUCGGCACAGGAGUGUACAUCGGGGUGGUGGUAGCACUGAUUGCUUAUCUCUCGAAAGGGGGCCACGUAUAGCUGCCACCUGCACAUCACUGGCUGCCGGCCCUCCUGGGAUUGAGCUUUCCUGUGGAGCACAGAGCACCAGUGCUGCAAAGGCUGCUUGCACAGCCAGACCCUGGCAUGGAUGCCCUAUGCAGGUUUUUUCUCCUUUCAGAGAAACAGUAAAUCCCUGUUCUCUCCAAGGCUGCAGUGUGCCACCAUCCAACAACAGGGAAUUAAGAACCAGUCUGGCUUCUGGGACCAGGAGGAGCACGUUUGCCUGGUGGAAGUUGUGCAGGAGAGAAACUGCAUGCUGCUGCUGGGCUGGUGCCACCACCCCUCAUCUGGGGCCACAGCUUCCCUUCUCAGCCCUGUAGCUGGGAGAUCCAUUGCUGGUGCCCAAGCUUUGCCCAUGAAGAGGCACACAGGGAGGAGAGGGGAUAUGGUGCCAGGGAAUGACUGCUGUUUCUUCCAGGAGGCCAGAGCCCUGGUGGGGUCUCCAGACUCCUGUAAUGGGGACAACAUUCUCACUUCAGCACCAAGGGGGUGGCACCUGGCUCCUCAGAUGCAGUGAAGUAGGAGGACAGAGCAUGGACAAGACCAGAGGGCAUGCUUAACAUAUCCCUCUGCAGACAGACCCCUGAUCCACAGGAGAAAUCCCAGUUGCUGGCCCAUCCCAGAAGCAAGGAGGAAGGCAGGCUGGUGGUUGCACAACAUCUCUUCCAUUUCUGGUGCAGGCUGGUAAAGACAGCAGUGUUUUCUCCAUGUUAAUAAUGACUGUCAUGAUGAUCCCAAGUCUGAGCCCCCAUAAGGUUGCCAUCCCAGAGUGUUGGGCCUUAAAAAGACUUGUAAUUGAAAUCUCUACCCAAGAAGUAACCUGGGAGGGAUGUGAGCCUGAAGGAUUCUACUCUUGGCACUAGGUCAGGGCCCUGCACACAAAGAGGGAUGGAAAGAAAAGGCUGACACGACAUGCAGAGUCUGAGGUGGGAGUGCUGUUUGCAAGAGGAUGAGAUCCAGAACAGGAAGAGACAUGGAGGGAGUCCAAGACACAGGGAGUGACCCCAACACACUCCUUCCCAUGCCUCAGAGAGGCAUAUCUCCAUCCAUCCUAAAGCCUCUGCUGACAAGGAAAUCCCCAGCAUCCCCUUUUGCUUACUUGUAUAUUGUUGGAGACACAUUAAGUGCUUCAGAAGUGGGUAUGAAGGUAAUGGCUGCCCUAAAGAGGCAUUAAGAGGCUGUGCCUCCCCCCCUAUUCCCCAGCAUCUACCUUGACCGUCCCUCCUCUCCCUGGCCAUGGCUCCCCUGUUGCCUCUUUCCCUCGUGUGCAGGGGACUGCAGGCAAACUCUAGACACCCCUCACUUCCUUCCCAAGGUUUCUGGGCAGGCUGCAGCCAGCUUUGCAAGAGGCGCAGCAUGUUCCUCCAGCUGGGUGCCAUUCAAAUGUACAUUUCAUACUAAAGAAGCAUGCUAAUGUCUGCAAUUGCUGUUGUACUUGAGCCAUAAAAGAGAGAAGUGCAUCAGAGACCUGUACAGAAGCUGGUCUGAAAGUUCCCAUCACAUUUUAUAACAUGGAAGAGCUAAUAAAAAAAGCAG